CUUGACUGACGUUUGCUGCAGAAGAGAAGCUUGGUGCAAGAGGAUGGAUGGCGUCAGCUGGAGCACCACACGGGCCCAGGAGUCGUUCAGCCGCUCGAGGACAGCAGCAGUCACACUAUCCAGGCUCGCCAGCUUCAUUGCACGGGCUGACGCCAAACCGCACACAACAAACAAGACGCAGCAGCCAGCCCACUUGCCAUACACUUGCCAAGAAUGUGGUAAGAGCUUCCCAAACGCGUCAGAUCUGUUAGAGCACCAGGAACUAAAACACGCACUACCCAAGCCUCACCAGUGUCUCUCUUGUGGGCUGGAGUUCUCCCUGCGUUCGUCCUUACAGCUACAUAAGUGCAAACACGAUUCGUCCCUGUGUGAGCUUUGUCAUGGAGAGACACAGCCGGGUGCUCCGUGCCCUGCAUGUGGUCUAACCUCAGAGUCACCUCACCACCAGCCCCACCUCAGUAGGAGCCUUUACGGAUGUGCCCCGUGUGGGAGAGGCUUCAGUCAAAAGCAGGCUUUGCUACACCAUCAACAAGCUGGUUGUGGUGAAGCGGCAUGCCCAUCUGAUAUAGUUGAUGCAAGUAGCAUUCCAGAUGACUCUCCACCAGUUUCUGAGGGAGACUCAACCUGUUCGGAUUCUUCAGACACCCCCGGGCCCAGCAGUAGAGCUGUAAAUGUGUGCCAAUUCUGUUUGAAAACGUUCCGCACGGAGGCUGGACUGCAACGCCAUAAACAAACAAACCACUCAGAGGAGCGGCUGAUGGCUACACAGGGACAAAAGACCAAAGGAGAAGGUGCAGGUAGAGAAGCGAGCAAAGGAGGGAGUACCAAGGUGAAUGGAGAACUAUGUAAAUUGCCAAAAUCCAAAAAAAAGCUUCUGACCUGUCGCUCUUGCGAGAUGGUUUUUGGGAGCACAUCGAUGCUGUACAUGCACAGAAAAGAGAAGCACAGCAGAGAGAAAAAUACCAGGAGAGAACCACGGCCACGGCCCGUCAUCAUCAAGCGCAGAAAAGGAGGAGCGUAUCCGUGUCAGGUCUGCGGUUUAGUCUUUGUCCAUCAUUUGUCACUUCGGGCACAUUACAAACGGCACACAGCCUCAAGCUUCAUCACAAUCACAAACACAAGCCAGCCUGAAGGAUGUACUACCAAAGACUCUGAGUUAUCACCCAGCACAGCAGAAAACAAGACUGUUAAGGCGGGUCCGGGGAGGCCCAGGAAAACGGCCAGAUUGAAGAUCAAGAUCCCUGAUCCAGAGAGAUGCAGAGAAGUGCCUGAAGUGAAGGAGGAGGAGGAGGACGAACAGGAGAGGGAGUUCCCAUGCCCCUCCUGUGCAGAGGUUUUCUCUCUGCAGUCCCAGCUAAGGGAGCACGUGGAGCUCCACCAGUCGUCCGUGAAGAGGAGACAGUGCAGCGUGUGCGUAAACGAGAUGGACACCUGUAAAUGGCCCGGCUCAAAGAGGCAGAGGCUGUACCACUGUGUGCCUUGCCAGCAGGGUUUCUCAGUGCUGGACACUUUCCUAGAACACUGUCAGAAGCAUCUACGGGUCCGCGUGGAGGAGGACAGCGUCACUGAGGGCUACACACAUCAGGCCGCCAAAGCCUGAGGUCCAGUUUGAAUGUCAACAGCGAUUUGCCUAUUUGCCUUCAAGGGUUAGAGAGCAGAGAGUGAUUUAUGAAUUAAAUUCUAUAAAAUUCUUGUUGAUCAACCAGUUCAUUGAGCAUUCAGAACACCUUGUUUUUAUAACCAACAUAUCAAGGAAUACAUUUGAGAUUUCUGCAUGUUUUUAUUAGGGCUGCUUCAUUAAUUGGGGCGGGGGGUCAAUAUUUUGGCCAAUAUUGAAAUCAAGAUUAUUGAACACAAUUACACAUUGAUUUUUUUUUUUUUGGUAAGACGUUGCAUUUAUUGAAAUUAAAACAAAAAGUUGAAUCAACAGUGAAAGCACCUUGAACUGUGAAAUUCUCCCUUAUUAUUUUCCUGUUAGAAUAGAGUUAGUUUUUUUGCAAGAGUUAACUUAAACGUAAUGUGCGUUUUUUGCAAAAAAUUAAAAUUUGAUUUACAUGCACAGCCCUAGAUUUUGAUGUAAAUCAUAUACUUUACUGCCAAACAUUUGUUAAAAUGAUCCAAGCAACCACUUGUUUCUGUCUCAUUGCAGCAUGUAGAUCAAUCUGUGUGAGAUCCAUUACAGUGAUUAGUUGACUUUUAACGUUCUCACUGCGUUUUAUACUUUUGAUAACUGAUCAUGUCCUGUUUUUAUGGGACGAUCCACCACUCCAGAUUUGAGUCACUUACAGAGCAGCACUGCAUAGAUAAGCUGUGUUGUCAAAUCAGACAAAACUCUAACGCAAAGACGACCAUGUGAGUCUUCAUAAUCAAUUUCAGCUUUGUUACAACAUAAAGAUAACAGAACUUUGACUAAACAUAAAGCCAACAGGUUCACCGGUGACCAGGCAGUCUGCAGGUUGAUUUUUGGUAGUUUAAUGAAAUACAUUGAAACCUGUAGCAGCCUGAACGUGUGCUUCUCUAACACAGUUUGUCAUAUAAUAGGGUUUGUCAUAGCCACUCUAUUUUACUAUCACUGACGCCACGGUUUGGUACAGAUCAGGACCUUGUUUCCCUAAAACAUUUUGAAGCUAACAUGCACUUAGCCCAUAAACUUACAAUGGGACUGAGGUCAUUGUGGCCUUAAGGUGUUUUUUAGGGGGGGGGGGACAAGACCGUCUGCACAACCAUGGUACAUUCUAGCCAAAGCACUGCCACAGAUAUCUUGUUUACUAGAGUCUAUUUUUACACCAGACAUCUGGAGUGCUUUAGCUAAGUAAGGUCAGACAUGUCUUUUACUCAAUUUUAGUUAUUCUUCUUACAAUUUUGGCAAUAAUUAGUCAGAGAUUGGUGGAAACUGGCGUGUCACUUGCUGGAUUGUCACUGUUGUGUGUUGGACCCGGGUAUUUGCGUUGAAUUUGUAGCACUGUGCACUAUAUGGAAAUGUAGUGAUUUGAUCAAGACUGGUCACCUAUUUACAAGUGCUGUCCCAAGGUGUGAAAGAAAUCAAAGUAUGAAAAGUUAACAUAUUUUGAGCAUUCUUAUUUGCUGUUUUGAGAUUCUGACAUGUGAUAGUUAUUGAUAUAAUCUACUGUACAGUAGGGCUGGGUUUAAAAAAAAAAAUUUCAUUUGAAUGAUCCGAUGAUUCAGAUUCCUGAAAUGCUGAGGUUGAUUUUCCAGGAGGCUCUGUUUUAAACCUAGACUGAAGAUAUUGGUGUCAUAUAAUUCUAGAUCUAAUGUAAUUCAAUAAAAUAAUGUCAUAACAAAUAACGCUCCAAUGUCAGGCAACCUUUUGGCAAGAGAAAAAAGAAAAGCACUAUUUUUUCCGUCUAUGUAACUGCUUUGGGGUCAGAUCUUAAGGACGACAUUCAUAUUUUGAAAAAUGCACCAAGUAAGAGAGUUCCUCGUACAAUUUACAUUAUUAGUUCUUUGAGAAUCAUUUUCACAUCCAAGCGAUGUUGAUUCAGGAAGUCAUUGGCGAGACCCAGCCCUACUACAGGGUGAACAAACUUUGAAUGGCUGUCAAGGGUAGUUCUACCGUGUUUUUAGCUGGCUUGGGUUUGGUGAUGUUGCCUAGCUAUGCAAAACGCUGGACUGAUGGCGGCCCUUCAGUGUGUCUGCCGCCUUGGUGAAUGAAGAAGGAUCCACAUGAGGUUGUUGCUGUUGUUUUUCCUAAAGGUUUUCAGCUACUGUUUUCAAAGUUAUACUGUGAAAAUCUAUGUAUAAAAUGAUUUAAUAGGUUUUGGGGGUAUUUUGUAAAUUAGUGUACGGCUCUUUAGACAACACAAUUAAAAACAGUUCUCAUGA